CUGUGACCUUUUCUCUUGUUAGCCAAGUUGGAUCGCUGCAUUUCUUCGUUGAGACCGAGUCAUAGAUCUGAUCCCAUUUCUUCUUUUUACAACGUUGACUAAGAUUUGUUCAUUUAGACUGUGAUAAGAUCCUCCUACUGAGUAUAAUGUGAUAUAGAGCAAUGAGUAGAUAAAAAUCUGAGUCCAGAGUCAUUUUCAGAGUGUGGGCCAACGGAUUAAUGGGGAUUUGUUCUAGCAUUGAAGAACAGUCGCAUCGAUCUCACAGCAAGGCUCCAGAUGGAGGACUUAAAACUAUGGCAUCCUCAAAAAAACAAGAAAACUCGGACUCACUCAAAAUCAGAAGCCCAAGCUUUAUUGCUUUGACAGUAAAGGAUGUCAAAGAUCUACGGAAGAAUCCUGGAUAUAGCAACGUUGAUAUAUUCACGUAUGAGGAGAUGAGGCUGGCUACAAAGCAAUUCCGGCCAGAUUAUAUUCUUGGUGAUGGUGGCUUUGGGGUUGUUUAUAAAGGAGUAAUAGAUGAAAAUGUGAGACCUGGUUACAAAUCUACAGCUGUUGCUGUUAAGGAGCUUAAUCCUGACGGGUUCCAAGGUGACAGAGAAUGGCUGGCUGAAGUCAAUUAUCUAGGACAACUCAGCCAUCCAAAUCUUGUGAAGCUCAUUGGAUAUUGCUGUGAAGAUGAUCAUCGGCUGCUUGUCUAUGAAUACAUGGCAAGUGGGAGCCUCGAAAAACAUCUUUUCCGCAGAGUUGGUUGUAGUUUGACAUGGUCAAAAAGAAUGAAGAUUGCAUUAGAUGCUGCAAAAGGGCUUGCUUUUCUCCAUGAUGCAGAAAGACCUAUCAUAUACCGUGACUUCAAGACAUCAAACAUCUUGCUGGACGCGGUCUUCAAUGCAAAGCUCUCAGAUUUUGGCCUUGCGAAGGAAGGACCAAUGGGAGACAAGACCCAUGUGUCAACACGAGUGAUGGGCACAUAUGGAUAUGCUGCUCCUGAAUAUGUGAUGACUGUAUUGAUAUGGGCAGGCCAUUUAACGGCAAGAAGUGAUGUUUACGGAUUUGGAGUAGUGUUACUUGAGAUGCUCCUUGGAAGAAAAGCAAUGGACAAGAGCAGGCCUAGCCGAGAACAUAACCUGGUUGAGUGGGCUCGUCCCCUCUUGGUCCAUAAUAAGAAACUUAUGAGGAUCUUAGACCCUAGAAUGGAGGGCCAGUACUCGGCUAAAACUGCAAUGAAGGUAGCCAAUUUGGCAUACCAAUGCCUUAGCCAAAACCCCAAAGGGAGGCCUCUCAUGAGCCAAGUGGUCGAAUUACUCGAGACGUUUCAGACCAAGGUGAGUGAUGAAGAAGCUACAAUUCAAAGUGGAGGCUGGGGGGUAACCCUAUAUGAAGCCCCCGGUAAAUCCCCUAGAAACAGGAAUCCGGGCAGAAGUGAUAGCCACAGAGAACUGGGUGCAGAGGGAAGCAAACCAACUAAUGGGAGAAGCAAGAGUGAACCACCCAAAGAGGUUGAUCUUUAUGAUCCUCCUUUUGAAGCCGAAGAAUCCACCAAAGGUUGAAGAAACAAUGUGGUUGACAACAUAAAACUUGCACUUCUUCUCUCUCUCUGUGUGGAAUAAUUUAUAUGAGAUUUUAUGGAAGACUGCGAGUUGUUGUUAGCUUCCCUGCGUCUCCAAUGGAAGGAUGCUCUGUGUAUUCUAUUACCUGCUCUGCUUCUGCUUCUCUUUUAAAUCCAAUGUAGUAUUUGGUUGCUGCUUGUGUUCGCCAGCGGGGCAUUUUAGGCAGAAUUUUGGCCUCGCAGCAUCGAGUAUAGAUACGCUGCUAUCUAUACAAAUAUCCUGUUUUAUUUAAUUUUCUUAGGGUAAAUUACGUGUUUAUUAUC